UCAUUGUUGUAUCUUUAAUUAUAUUAAUAGUUCGUUAUUCUUGGUAGCUGAGUAAACACUUUCUUUAAUUAAACGAGAUUUAGAUUAGGCUAUAAAGUUUUGUCUGAGUUGCUGAUAUUUGGCACAGUUUAAAUCCCAUCCCCUCUCAUUUGGUAUAAUCUGAACCAAACUAGGAGUAUCCGGCACUAAUAUUUGCCCUGGAUAAGUAGCUAAAGUGCGACGUUUAAAGUAGUGUAAACGAGACUUUCAAGCUUCUUGGACCCUACUGUAUUGUUAACUUUGACCGCUGUACGACCGGAAACGCACAGCUAGUCGUAGUUUAGUUAAAUUUUCCAGGACCAGUCCCGGAUAGUUCAAAGUGCGUGAUGCCAGUAAACGGUGGAGGUCUGCUCUCUAUGAACAGAUAUGCUACCCAGUAUUUCACCAACCCGGUCAUGGAGGAGACUGUGUGGGAGCAGUACACUGUGACCCUGCAGAGGGAUUCAAAGAUGGGCUUUGGCAUCGCAGUGUCAGGGGGGCGAGACAACCCAAAUGAGGAAAGUGGUGAAACAUCCAUCGUAGUGUCUGAUGUGUUGAAGGGAGGACCUGCUGAUGGCUUGUUAUUUGAGAAGGACAGAGUGGUGCAGGUGAAUGCCGUCAGCAUGGAGGGGGCUAUCCACUCCUUUGCUGUCCAGACUCUCAGGAAGUGUGGCAAAGUAGCAAAAAUUACAAUAAAGAGGCCCAGGAAGGUUCCAGUCACUGUGAUGAACCGUCCCCCUUCCCCUGAUGACAGAGUCUUCAGCAACAACUUCAACGAUGAUUACAGCUACGAGCAGGACCGCCGUAGCGUGUACAGCGGGCGGGACCACAGCCUGGAGAGGCAGAGAGGCAGGGGAGGCUACAUGGAUUCUGGCUACCAAACUCGUGACUAUGACCGGCGGGAACGUGGCAGGAGCAUGGAGAGAGACCUCAGUCCCGAUCGGCCAUACAGGAGAGAUGGCAGCCGAGGUCGCACUUUAGACAGAGAGGUCAGCCCAGAUCGCCGCUACAGGAGCGAGCACGUGCUCGACCGUGACUACAGUCCAGAUGGAAGGUACCACAGUCCCGAACGGCGUUACCGCAGUGAGCGGGCCCUGGACCGGGACUACAGUCCCGAGCUGCGCUACAGACCUGAUGUCGGCGUUGAACGGGGACGUGAACGCGUCUCCAGUGAGCCAAAGAAGUAUGAUCAACCACAGAAGCAAAGCGGGAGCAGGGACCGCCUGGACCGCUCACCAUCCCCUGCUGCAAGGCCCAUCCCUCUGCCACGUCCCGGCCGGGACCACCUGGAACCAUUGGAGAAGCCAGUGAAUGUUCUGCUUCUCAAGAACCAUCCCAACGAAGAGUAUGGUCUUCGUCUGGGCAGUCAGCUCUUCAUUAAGGAGAUGACCAGCACAGGACUGGCCAGCAGAGAUGGGAACCUGCAAGAAGGAGACAUUAUCCUGAAGAUUAAUGGUACGGUGACAGAAAACCUGUCUCUUAGCGAUGCAGGGAAGCUGAUUGAGAAAUCCCGUGGGAAGCUGCAGCUGCUGGUGCAGAGAGACAGACGGCAGGUGCUGAUCAGAAUCCCCCAGAUGGCCGAUAGCGAUUCGGAUCUCGAUGACAUCUCCGAGAUUGAGUCGUAUCGCUCCUACUCUCCACAGGAUGAUAGGCGAGGCCACCAGUCUGACAUCUCCUCCCACUCCUCUAAUGAAAGACUUAGAGAGAAGCCCAGAGAGGACCCACCCAACAGGCUGGCAAAAAUGGGCGCCAUGCCAACGCCGUUCAGAGGCCCUGACAGGACUGUAGAAGACACGCCCACUUUGCAGGCAGAGAAGGAUGAACCACGACCAGAAACGCCACCAGCACCAGUAGUCACUGUGGCCCCAAAGGUUCAGGCUCCUCCUAAGGUGCUACUAAAGCCAAGCUUAGAGGACCAGGAAGUAUAUGGGCCGAACACAGUGAUGGUGCGUUUCCAGAAGGGUGACAGUGUGGGUCUGAGGCUGGCAGGAGGAAAUGAUGUCGGCAUCUUCGUCGCUGACGUUCAGGAUGACAGUGCAGCUGAGCAGGAGGGUCUCCGCACAGGAGAUCAAAUCAUGAAAGUGAACAACACAGACUUCAGAGGCAUGGUACGUGAGGAUGCUGUCCUUUACCUCCUGGAGAUUCCCAAAGGAGAAGACGUCACCAUUCUUGCUCAGAGCAAACCUGAUGUAUAUAAGGACAUUUUAGCAUCCGGCAGAGGCGACUCUUUCUUCAUCAGGACCCAUUUUGAGUAUGAGAAGGAGAUGCCACAGAGCCUUCCUUUCACCAGAGGAGAGAUCUUCAAAGUGACAGACACACUUUAUGAUGGCAAGCUGGGCAACUGGCUAGCAAUCCGCACUGACAAAGACAACCAGCUGCUGGAGAAAGGAAUUAUCCCCAACAAGAGCAGAGCGGACCAAAUGGCCAAUGUUCAGAACGCUGCUCGGGCUGCAUCAGGCAAUGAUAGGGGAGACUUCUGGAGGCUGCGAGGUCAAAGAGCAGCAAAGAAGAAAGAUCUCCGCAAGAGCAGAGAGGAUCUGAGUGCUGCUCCGGUCGCCACACGAUUCCCGGCCUAUGAGAGAGUGGUCUUACGUGAAGCUGGAUUCAAGAGACCCCUGGUGAUAUUUGGACCCAUUUCUGAUGCAGUGAAUGAAAAACUGGCCAACGACAUGCCGAACGAGUUUGUCAUUGCCAAAAUGGAGCCUAAAGAUGCAGGAAGUGAAAAAUCUUCUGGAGUUGUGAGACUAAACACUAUUAGACAAAUCAUUGAACAGGACUGCCAUGCUCUGCUGGAUGUGACUCCCAAAGCUGUGGAUACUCUGAACUACACCCAGUGGUAUCCCAUCGUCAUCUUCCUCAACCCAGAUAGCAAGCAAGGCGUCAAGACUAUGAGGAACCGCCUCAUGCCCGGAUCCACCCGUAGCGCACGCAAACUGUAUGAGCAGGCCGUCAGGCUGAGGAAGACCUGCUCACACCUUUUCACUGCCACCAUCGACCUGAACUCGGCCAAUGAUGCAUGGUAUGGCAGCGUGAAAGAUUCAAUUCAGGAACAGCAGGACAGAGCUGUGUGGGUGUGUGAGGGCAAGCUGGUCGGUUCGGAGGAGGACCUGGAUCACCAGGAUGACCGCAUGUCGUACCUGUCAGCCAUGAGUGCAGAUUACCUGAGCAUGGACAGCCGUCUGACCAGUGACUACGAUGACACGGCAGACGAAGGCGGGGCUUACACUGACAACGAGCUGGAUGAGACGUUAGACGAGCCCCAGCCCGUGUCUGCCAUCAGCCGAUCAUCAGAACCCAUAUUGCCAGACGAGAAGCCUCACUCUGAACCCUGGGUUCGUAUGAGAAGGUCAGGGAGCAAAGAGAAGCAGAACAGAGAGCCCAGUCCCCCCCCUUCUUUUGUCCCCGAACCCCCGAAGGUGCAUGCUCAGACUCGGACUGAGUCAGCGCGGAGCUUUGACUCACGCUCCAGCAGCACCAUUAGCAGCGAAGCAGUGGGCGGAAACAGGCCGGUUCCCCCUCCUGUCGCCAAGAAGCCCACCAUCCCCCUCCUCAACCAGCCACCUGAGGAGCAGAGCUCAGAGAAGGAGGACCCUGCCAACAAAUCUUUCAUGGGCAAGAAAAUGGGUGUCCAGAUUCGAGCUUUUGAGAAGAUGGACCACCUGGCCCGGGCUCAGAGGAUCCUGGAGUUGCAAGAGGCAGAAAAUGCUCGAUUGGAAAUCGCCCAGAAGCAUCCAGACAUCUACGCUGUCCCAGUGAAGCUGCCAAAACCCAACCUCAGCCGCCCUCAACCAAUAGGUUCCAGCUCAAACCCUGAGCCACAGACUGCAUCCAGGCCACCGUACUCAGAGACCAGAGGACACGAGGACGAGGCUGAGUACCGCAGACAGCUGGCUGACCAGGCCAAGAGGGGAUACUAUGAUCCCCAGAAAUACAAAGACACUGAGCUGUAGGACGGGAGACCAGGAAGUGGCAUCCCACAGCAUUACACGCAGACAGCACUCGUCGCCUUGGUAACAGUUUAUGCAGUUUUACCUUUAUGUAAACUGUCACAAUGUUUUGUUUGUCUGAAAGGAUGUCUGCACUAAUUUCAGACAGUUUUUACUGCUGUCGUCCCACUACAUGUUGUACUUCAGAAGUGUUUGUGCAGAAACUAUGCAUUGAUCCAGGUGACACACACAACACAUAACUCACAACCUAUACAGUGUGCUAUGGCUAGUUUGCCUUCACACCUGCCUGAUAUUUCACUGUAAUAUAUAUAUAUAUAAAUGACUUUUGAGUCUGAAUAUGUUUUUGUUACAAGUGAGGUUGUAUUUUCCCUCCAUUCUAGUAACCAGUUUGUACCUCUCAUUUUACUAUUACAUUCUAGUCAGAGCUGCAUAUUUGAUUUCAUGAAAGAUAAUUGCUCAACAUUUCUUUUUUUGAAAACCCCAGAGGUUGUUGAACUAAAUUUCUCUGCUGUUCUGAAGUUUACAGAAACAGACUCUUCUAAUCAUCUGGGUGCUGCUGGACUAAUGAUUAAUGUAACCGUGCUCCUCAGUUUCCUGCCCAGGUAGCUGAAGCUGCCGCAUUUUCCUCACUAAUUCAAUAGAUAAAUUGAAACGUGGUCUGUGACAAGACCAUAUGGCAUGUUUUGUCUUGACCUUCAAAGAGUCACGACUUUGAAAAUUUGUUAAAAAUCUUUAUUGCAGAUGGUUAGAAAAAUCUUUGAAAAUUCUGUUCCCUCAGAACAGCACUGGGUUGUUAACCACUUCGUGAAUGUUUCAAAGAUCUCUUUCAGAGGCCACACAAUGAGCUCUGGGACUUGAAUAUAAUGGAAACACACGAAGCACAAACUGGAGCUAACCACCACCAGGCUGCACCCAAACCAUAGAUACUGGACAGAAAACUGUCCACUUAUCUGUUUUACUUUUACCAAGCAGUUUUGUGUGCCACCUCUUCACUCUGUUCACUAGUGUGUUUCAGGCACAUUCAUAGAAUAAUGUAAAAACCAAAACUGUGUCAGUAUGUUACAGGGUAUGUGUACUUGGCGGCUGAUGGAUUUUCAUUUUGAAAUGAGGAAACCAAAAUCAGAAAACAAACCAUUUCCUAAUUGCUAUUUAGAAAUAAGGAAACAAAAAAGUCCUUUUUUGUUUUGAUUAUUAACCACAGGAACGAAAACAAAUGGUCGUUUGAUAUGUUUAAAAAUGGAAAUCAUGGAAAUAAAGCAGCCUAUAAUGUGCGAUUUCGGAUCUGUGUGUCAGCUGGGCCGAGGGCAGAGCUUAACUACACACACAGGGUGCAGGGCACUGCGCUCUCUCUCUCUGCGGAGUGGAAAAUUAUGCCCAAUUUUCACUGCUUGUACCAGAGAGAGGAGUGAGAGAGAGCGCAGUGAUGGGUGAGUGAGCUAUGGUAUGAAUGAAGAGAGGGAGCAGCGUUAGCCAGAAUAAAACUAACUCAAAGUGAUAUGUUAUUUUCUGAUUGUAUCAAGGUGGUUAUGUUCUAUACCUCUGCACAACCCUGCAGGAAGGAUUUUAUCUGAAUGCAGAGAGUGCAUGCCUCCUCCGGUGUCUCUGCCCUCGGCCCAACUGACAGACAUACGAUCUGAAAUCGAACAUUAUAUGCUGAUUUAUUUCUACGAUUUCCAUUUGUAAACAUAUCACACUCAGAUAAUCAUUUGUUUUGGUUCCUGUGGUAAAACAAAAAAAAGACAAUUUCUUUGUUUCCUUAUUUCUAAGUAGCAAUUAGGAAAUGGUCUGUUUUCUGAUUUUGGUUUCCUCAUGUCAAAAUGAAAAUCCACAGACCUUACCCAACCUGUCAGCAGCUGCUCUGAUGUCAGAUACUGUAGGUGUUGGUCUUUGCUUCACUGGACAUCUACACUACACUAUUUAACGUGUGUAUUCUAGGAAACAGCAGAUGCUCAAGUGCCUCAUAGUGCUGAUGUCAGGCCAAGGAAAGAAACUUUAUAGAAAAAAAAAAAUCUUGACUGUAUAAAUUUUUGUCUGAAGUGACAAAGCUGUACAUUUAAACAACUUAAAACUUCUUUUUAUUGCCUGUUUGAUACAGAAGUACAUUCCCUUCACCAAAGACAAAGUACAGAUGUUAUUGACAAAACAAACUAUUAAUGCAACAUCUGUACUUACGAUUUAAGUACAUAUGAGAAAUGGGGCCAGUGUUUGUCUUUGAUGAAUACACAGCACUUCUGUAUUUUGGAGAGGGUGUCUGUUAAGCUUUUAACCCGUGCUGGAACAGAUGGACCAGGUAAAUGUCACUGUAAACAUAUAUUAUGAAAAAUUAAAGUUUGAGCUGGACCUAAGGGGCACAGCAUAAAGCUGAUGCUGUAUGACCGUCCCUAUAGCUGCGUGCAGCACAGACAAUCACAUCUUUAUGUUAACACUGAACCCAGUCAAGCCUUUAAUGUGGUGAUGACAAUCAUGUUGAUUAGUUUCUUCUAAAUGUCUGAUUUUCUUUUUUAGUUUGUGAAACCCAAGUGUUGCAGAACAGACUGUUGGGAAACUGAAAUAAAUCUCUUUUUUACAUUGCA